UGGUUCCUUCACAAAAGCCCUGUCUCUUUCUAGACUGAAUGGGGCUAUUCUCUGUAAAGUCAUAAUUGGAUCAUACGUUUGGGUGUGGAGAUUCUUGGGAGCAGAAUAUCAAGAGACACCAGAGGACAUUUCUCAUCGGAUCUCUGCAGCCGGCUGAGGAGGCUCUGAAAAAGCCCAGAGAGCACUUUUAACCUUUUCUGCAAAGAUGGAGAAUUAAUCGCGGUUGGGAUAAAAACCACUAGUUUAUUCUAGAAUAAAACAAAGAGCUGAAAAUUCAAGCUUAAAGCGUUUUGCCGGUGAAUAAUGUCGAAGCUGGUUUGCCCUCUGCUCCUCCUUUGUUUACCUUCUGCUGUUGUUACCCUCUUCUGUUACACCUGCGUCUUCCCCGCCAUCUCCCCUCUGGACUGCAUCCGAUUCCCCCUCAAGUGCCCCCCCGGGCAGGUCUGUCUGUCCAGCCGAGCCGUGGGCCAGAAAGGGGACUUCCGCGUUGUGUUGUACGAGAAGAGCUGCGUACUGACGUCCCUGUGUGGAAUCACAGGAGAAAAAUACACCAUGGGACUCAACUUCACCUUCACCAACGAAUGCUGCGACACACACCUGUGCAACCACGCCGCGGGGACGCCGACCCCCUACGGGGCCGGCACGCUGCUCACGCUUCUUCUUUCAUACUCAAGCUUGGUGAAUUAAAGAGAAAUGUGGAGGAGAAGCAAUGUAACUAAUAUGAAGGGCAGUUUGCCCUCUGAUGUACUGAUGUCAUCAAUUCUGUAAAGCGCUCUUGUUUAACGCAAAGGUAAUCCAGUGGUUUUGAGAUGUUAUAACGUCACUGCUCGAAAUGUUUGGAUGGAUAGAAGCAGAUUAUUUUACUAACAUUGGAUAAUUACACAAGGCUAACGGACCUAUCAUGAUGAACAUUUCUCGGAAGCUCUGUUGCUGACAGAUCGGUACGGACACAGAAAGGUCCGUUUUCUCCGUAUUUGUCGGUCUGAAAAAUGCCGGAUGUGUGGCUUGUGAAAAGUAGGCCCGAUGCUUACUUGUGAUUAUGUGGAGAUAAAGUCCUGAAGUUAUAAUAAGCAUUGUCCCAUAGGGGUUAUUACGGUGUGGAUCUGUGGAUUGUCUUAAGGUAUUAGACCCCACGUACCACAGACGCAGGGAACCAACCCGGUCGGUGGUUUGUGAGACGGAAAAAAUAUACACGUUAUCUUAUUAUUGCUCACAUGUGUCAGGUGUUUUCAGAGUGGAAAGUGAAUGAAUGCAAGAUAAUUUGAUUCUAACCUAGAAAAUAAACUACUGCUAUCCACUUA